AUGCAUUGCGCCGGAACCCGGAAGUGUAGCGGCAAAAUCGAAUAGUUUAGCAGAAAAGUUUGUUUUUAACCUCCUUGGUUUAAGUCUUGAAGUGAAGCGGUUAGAGAGACAACAACAACAAGUCUUUAGUUUAUAGAGUUCGUCCUGAGGAUACACAAGGAUACCUGAAUAAUCUACAGAAAGAUGCUGCUAAAAGGCUGGAACUGAGUGCAGGAUACACAGACACGACAAUAAUUGCAAGCAGAGUCAAGUCCUAGCAACAAUAAUGCAAAAGAUGCAACCACAGAAAGUGGAAGGCGAUUCCAUCAAGUAUUCUACAGCUACAACAAUUGAUCCUUGUGCAUAUCACAAAACUAUGAACAAAGCAGGGACACAAGACACACAGACUUGUAUGAGGAAACAAGAAAUUGGUGAUUUGUUGGCUGAGAAGCAGAAGUUGCAAGAUGUAAUCGACCAGAACGAGGAAAAGUUACGACGGCUAAACCUGAUAAAACAUCACAAGGCAGACUUGUCCAAACUGCAACAGCUGAUAGUCAAGUGGCAACAGGUGAGCCAACAGGUGCUGCUACAGCUGCAGGAGAGAGCACCUGCAGACCAAAGGCCCACCCUUGGCCAACUGAUGGACCACAUGGGGAUAGAUGAGAACAUAUUACAACUGGACAGGGAACAGGACUGCUUCAACUAGUGAGGAAUGGGACAGAUGGAUUUAUCACCAGUUCUUUGGAGGGUGUUUAUACAUUAAAGGCCACAACAUUUCAUUUCUAUCAGAUUUUGGCAGGGUUUUACAGGAUUGUUUGACUACCGAAUUACUUUAUUAGGCAUUUUCUAUGCAAUGAUAGGACUUUUAUACAUUAGUAAUCUGAUUGGAGAAGAUUGUCAACAAAUAUGAUUUAUGCAUAAGAGGCCCUUAUUUGCAUGUUUUCAGAAACUUCUAUAUGCGUUAACAAACAAGGAUAGAAUUUUUCUAUCUGUGACAUAUAUCAAUAGGUGAAUCUUUUGGCUAGCCUUUUAUGCCACAAUGUGAAAUCUCACAUUAGUGAAUUAGUGACAGGACAUCCCCAUCCACAGUGACAGGAUGCCGCCCAGAGCCCAUUUCGUUGUUGGAAACCCCGUCCCUGCCCUGCAUACAAACGUCCAACCCAUCCGGGAUGCUUUUAAUUUCACUGAGGUUGUUCAGCAGACAUGCAAAGAAGUUUCUUUUCAGCAUAAUCUGCAAUGUAUAUGAAUUACAUAGAUGUUAAACAUAUCAAAGUGUUAUCUGUUUUCAGGAAGCUAUUGUACUUAGUACAUGUUGUGUGUACUAUUUUUACUACUUAGUUUCUAUUAUACUACUAUUUACUAGUAUUGCAUUUUGGCAGGGUAUUUGGUGAGCAACCUAUACCUUUGCCAAGGAAUAUCAUCAGUAACAAUGUAAAGCACAUAAUGUUACAGACAAGUUGAUGGUUGGCCAAAUAAUUCAAUAUGUUAUAUUGCAAAAGCAGCACAACAUACAAAUGUGCACUUGAGUUUCUAUAAAAAUUAUCUACAUGAGAUACACACAA